CCAUUCUCUCUCUGCAGCUGCAUGAAUGGGCUGUACCACUGGUGUAAAAAAUGAAUGAAACGUGGGGGGGAUCCGGCCGCUGCCACCCACUCAGCACUGCUGCCUGCAGGUGCAGGGAGGGAGGCACUUGUGAGAAGAAAGGCAAGUUGGUCUGUAUUAUUUACAAUGACUCAUCCGCUGAGCCAAUGGAAUAAAUGGUAGUGGAUGGAGCUGGCUCCUUUUACUCUUGCUCCCCCUGUGCAAUGGCUGCACUAUGGGCCUGCCCCUCCCUGGGUGUUUUGUUGGAUGCUGUGACAUCCUUGCAGAUUGUAUUUCCAGAUUCGUUGACCUGUGCAGGUGUCUGUUCCAUCUCGGCAUGUAAGUCCUCCUAGCCUCCUAGCAUUCAAGACUGAAUCCUUCUGAGCCUCCAGCUUGAGAUCCCUUAGAGGAAAGAUGCCAGAACAAAGCAAUGACUACAGGGUGGUCGUGUUUGGGGCAGCAGGAGUCGGGAAAAGUUCUCUGGUGCUCAGAUUCGUCAGGGGGACCUUCAGAGAGACCUACAUCCCGACCAUCGAAGACACCUACAGACAGGUCAUCAGCUGCGACAAGAACAUCUGCACGCUGCAGAUCACCGACACGACGGGGAGCCACCAGUUCCCGGCCAUGCAGAGGUUGUCCAUCUCCAAGGGUCAUGCCUUCAUCCUGGUCUACUCGGUGACCAGCAAGCAAUCCAUGGCGGAACUUCAGCCCAUCUACGAACAGAUCUGCCAGAUCAAAGGAGACACGCAGAAAAUUCCCAUCAUGCUGGUGGGCAACAAGAGCGACGACGCUCUACGGGAGGUCCAGGCCAGCGAGGGGGAGAGCUUGGCCACCAAGUGGAAGUGUUCUUUCAUGGAAACCUCCGCCAAGCUCAACUACAACGUUCAGGAGUUGUUCCAAGAACUUUUAAACUUGGAGAAGCGACGGACUGUAAGCCUCCAGGUGGGCGGGAAGAAGUCCAAACAGCAAAAGAAGAAGGAGAAGCUCAAAGGGAAAUGCUCCAUCAUGUGAAGUGGACCUCAAGCGAACGAACUCUGUGCAUGAGGCGUUCUGCAGUCUGUUGGACAU